AUGCAGCCAUCUAUUGUUUGGGCACAGCGUAAGGACGGCAGAGUUCUUGUUACAGUCCGUGUUCACGAUUGUGUUGAUCCAGUCAUCAAGUUCACAAACACAACACUCGCUUUCACUGGCGAAUCUGAUAAUAAAGAACACAAAUUCAAUGUAAAUCUUGAACUCUACGAAGAAAUCAUUGCUGAAGAGUGCAAGUACCUUGCUCGCGCACGCGGCAUCGAAGUAGUUCUUAAGAAGAAGGACGCAUCAGUUUGGUGGCCACGCCUUGCUAAGACAACAAAGAAACUCUCAUACGUUACAGUUGAUUGGGACAAGUGGGUUGAUGAGGAUGAUGAUGAAGACGAAAAGAAUGAUAUGGACUUCGGCGGAAUGAAUUUCGAAGAUGAUGAUAGUGAUGAUGACGAUGAUAUGCAGGAGGCUGCUCCAUCCGAGGCACCAGCUGCAGAAGCUGCUGCUCCAGCCGCUAGCGAAGCCCCAGCAACAACAAAUACAGACGUUGAAAUAGAUUAA